ACGCCGCCAGUGCAGCCGCCGGUACACCAUCAGGCGAGGAUAGUACGGCGAUGCGUUUGGCUGUGCUGAGCUGAGCUGUGGUGAGCGCGUGCGAGAGGAGGAGAGGGCUCCUUCUUCUACGCUCAUCCUGUUCGCGACUUGCCUCGGAGGGGUGAGGAGGACAGGAAGAUAAGGAUGCCAGCAGCCGGUGCGGCCGUGCCGGCUGUCGCCGAGGGAGCCGGUCAGCUGGAGGACCUGGACGAGCCACCGGAGCCACGUGCUCGCGGCGGUGGCGGACGGACCGGCCUGAUGAAACCCCUGGUAGUGUUGGCUCUACCCGGGAUGUACCUCUUUUAUAAGUACAGCCAGUACAGGCGGGAGCAGCGCGAGCUCUCUCGCAGAAGAGUCACCGAAAGGGAGCUACAGCAUCUUCAUCAUAAAAUCGACAAGCUGCUGACGAAACUGGAGGAGAACGAGCCGGAGCUGGCAUCUUCCCAGGAAGAUGAGUGCGUCAUAUGUGUGAACGCGAGGGCGACGAUGCAAACAGCGCCGUGUGGGCAUCGAGUGGUGUGCAGACGCUGCUUCGUCAAGACGAUACAAACGGCAGUGUCUCAGAGGCUCCUGCCGCUAAGAUGCGUUAUAUGCAGAACCAAGAUCCUACGGCUGAAGCAGACUCUCAUUCCGCGUGACUAUUCGAUGUCGGGAAAAUCCUGGGUACUGCCUCAAAGCGCAUCAGAGUACAACAUGGGCACGGGUGUAACCGCCGGUGUAUCCGGUCCCGGUGGCAGAUGGGGAACCGGAAGCGUACCAGCCUCUGCCUCUUUAUACUCGAUGGCCAGCGGUUCGUCCUCCAUUUCUGGAGUGUCUUCCGUCUCAUCGGCAACUUCCUCGUCCGCGCAUAGCACCGGAAGUUCCGCUCUCGGCAAACCUACGAGGGUACGGCAACCCAUAGGCGCCACUCUCAGACGUUCCCAGGCGCAAUCGAUGAAAAUGCGAAUUCAGGAGUACCAGGAUCCGGUUCAACAAAUCAGCGAGGAGGAGGAGAUCCGGGAGCGCCGAUUGCCGCCAAUCAAAGAGUUCCAGAGGGACUAUCGUGCUGGCAAGGCCUCCACUAGGAUCAGGUGUGCUCAAAAGAUCGUGACCCAGCUGGAAACGUCACCGAGCCCGAGGGUCACGACGUCCGGUGUCACUACGUCGACAUCAUCUUCGUCGGCAUCGUCGUGCGGCCGCGCCGCAUCGAAGCGGCCGGCGUCGACGCCGAAGAUGUCGGUGGUCCAGGAAGUGCAGAAGUCGAAGAAGGAGAAGGAACGGGAGAAGGAGCGAGAGAAGGCGGAGAAGGCGCGACAAAAGGAGGAGGAGAAGGCGGAAAAGACCAGGCAGAAGGAAGCGAAGAAGCUGGCGAAGGAGGAGAAGAAGAGGGCGAAGAAGGAAGCGAAAGCACGGCGGAAGGAAGCCGAGGAGGCCCUCCUGAGGGACGAAAAGUAGAGCUCUCUCCGAUUGUGAUCGCGCAGAAAUCUCGAGAUGAAAGGCCGAUCGUUGCCGUAGGCGUACGGGCGUACCUGAACGAAAUAAACGGCCGGGUAUAUUUCCGGGUACCCUGUUUGCCGCGGAGGAUCGAUAUCGUGUACGGGAUGGGUCGCGGAUGUUCGCGAUGCAAUUGCAAAUGUUAAGUGGCGCUCUUCGUAAAGGAUGUCGUCUCUUGAAAAUUCCAGCAGCCAGCUAUCAAAUAAUGAAUAUGGCCUAGCGCGAAAACGGUUUUCCGAGCACUCGGCACGAUUAUAGAAAUCGUGUCGGUGUUAAUAAAUCCGAGGUAGGUCAUCCGGUAUAUUCAUUCGGCUUGUUUGUUGCUUGAAUGGGAGAUCUCGACAACUGCCGGCGAGGAAUUGUCUCGAAUAGUCCGUAACUCGUCCCGAAUUACUCGUCAUCUCGUAGGUUCGCGAGAAGACGGUGAGAGGAAGUAUACCUAAAAAAAAAAAAAAAAUCUAGAAGCGGCCAAACUUAGUAAUCUGUCAUAUCGAGUUAUCGCGGACUAAUAAUAUUAUCGAUAGGAAAAACUCGAACAUAGCGCCACAAUUUAGAAUCCAAGCGAAUUAUUUUCAAUCGUAUUACUCCUGUCGGUUUUUUCAAAUUAUUCCAAAAUCGUAUCUCAUCUUUUGAAACUUACUUGAAUCACAUUCUGCCAAAAUCUGCCAUGAGAUUUUCAUUCAGUUCUCUCAACACCCGACAAAAUCUUAGAGUUAAUAAAGACGUCGCGCAGACGUGAUCUCUACGAUUAUAAAAAUCAUCCUAUAAAGUACAUCCAAUUCCCAGUUGAUUCGCUUGCGCGACGAGCAUCUUCGCCGCGACGUUUAAUCGCCUACCGCCAAUUCGAGAUAAUCGAUAAUCCUGUUCCUCCAGUCAAUUUAGACCAGUCGUCGACUACGAAAUUAGAAGAAAAAAAAACAUUCGAUUUUUUUAUUUACAGCAUGCUCCAACAUCUCAUCUUAACAGUUUAGAGAAUCGCGCGGAGGGCAAAGUGCUUGCAAAAUAUAAAUCAAAUUUUUCUCUCUAUUUUAAUAGUGACUCUAUUAGAAUAAUUUACGUGUGAACUGGUGUACUUUUGAGAUAAUACGUAAAAAGCGCAGUAAUCUGAUUUUUGGAGUUCCCAAAGAAGAAGACGCAACGUGAAAAUUUACAGCCUUUUUUCCGAAAAUUCGCCACUGGAUCAAAAGAAAAAGGAAUCGCAAGCAUUUUUCUUCGCUUUUCACUUCGCACCCCACAAUCAAAUACUCUCCCAUCAUCUAUCGUAUAUUGUAAAUACACUUGCAGAGAUUCACAAGCGAAGAGACGCGAAGGACUUUCGUGCCGCGAGCAAAGUCGUACGAGGGUUAGCCUAAUAAGAUCGAUUUGUUAAAAUGUGCGAGAAGGUAUAUACCUAAUAACGAGAUAGUCUUAUAUAGUACAAUAUACACACAUUUAUAAAUAUAUAUAUACAUAUAUAUAUAUAUAUAAUUAUAUAUAAAAAUAGACACACAGAGAGCAGAAAAAAUUUUUGAAACGCAGCGCGUGUCUCGUUACUGUUCGUGAAUUCGUAGGCUCAUAGGAAUUCUUGUUAUCGAUCACCCUUGGUUCGACCCUUUUUCCUCGCUCGACAAUUCGCGAGCAACUAUUACCUAAACGAAUUAAGCAAUUAAUUAUGAAAUUGCUAUGUUCUACGACGUUCAAUAGAUUCCUCGUGCAGAAUUUUAAGAACGCAAGUUACAUGACACUUAUGCGCUGAAAAGCUUUAACGACGAAAACCCCUGUGUCAUCGACACAUAUACAGAUAAAUGCAAACACACACACACACACACACACACACACACACACAUACACACGACACGCAAAAGUUUUUGACCUUAAAUUUUGCCCCCAAUCUUGAUUGUCUAUUGCCUCGCGAGUCUCCCGUAAGCAGCCAAAAAUCAAAAGCAAUUUUUUUACAAAGUCUACACGUCAAGAUUAACUUGCGCAAAUCUCGAUAUCAAAAAAGAUGAGUGAAUAGAGAAGUAGUUUGAGGCGAAAAUCUAUCAGCUAGAUGACACGGUGACAAUUUCGCCGACGGGAAAUUCAAUGUUAUUUUCAGCGAUGCAUUUAAUAGCGCGCGAUGACGGUUUGAUAAUAAUGACAAUACUUCUUUUGUAACCGGAAGAAAGCGCAAGCGGGCGUGAAAUCUUUCGGCAGCCAUAAGCUGUUACGAGCUGUCGCGUUAUGAUAGCGGGACGGAUGAGAAAGUCUCAAAUGCCAUUUCUUGUCCUUUCGUUCAAUCGCUCUGUGGGAUCGAGCUCGAUGCACAGUUUUAAUACAAAUGAAAGAUAAUCAAAUAUCGGACGGUGUGUUUUAAGAAGCUACGAUAUAAAAAUAUACGAUGUAGAAUCUCGUAGAAGCCGUGAGCCAUACCAAUGUACAAAUUUUAGUUCCUAAAAUUGUGAUAUUAAGUGUAAUUAAAAUUAUGUAACAGUGAAGGACAAGGUAACGUUUAUUUAAGAAUUCCCGUAAUCUCUUCUGUCAUAUAUAUAUACGAGGCAAAGUUAAAAAUUAAAAAAAAAGUAUCCCAUUCUUAGAAACUCAUGGUAUGGUUCGACGAUUUAGAAAUCAAGUAGACACAAUGAAAGUAGGAAUCAGCGUUGCUGAGACAAAUAAAAAAACAAAUGAAUGCGGAAGCAUUUGAAAAGAAUUGGACUCCAUAUGUAUAUUAUAAUCGAUCGUGCACAUAUCAGUAGUAAUUAGUAAAUUUUAAUCGGCGUUCUCGUUUGGACCUCAUUGUUCCAUUUUAAGACGACCCAAAUUCUGACUCUCUAUCUCUACAUCAGUGAGUAGCGGAAUAAUAAAGUGAUUAACGAUACAAUCACAAUGAGGUUAAUUCGACAAUGCUACUAAUUAGCGUGUAACGUUAACCGUCAAUUAUAUACCCGUUGCAUCGAUCCCAACUGUGACGAGCCCGACACGUACGGCAUACUCAGCAAUCAAAAAAAAAAAAACAAAAAA